AUGCUGCUCCUCUACUGCGCCGCACUCUUUGGCCUCAGCACUGCCUUCUCGCAGGAGGUGCUGCGCACCGAGCCUCAGUCCUCUGACGACUUCCGCGUCUACAGGAGCAGUUAUUCGCCAGAUCACGCCAUCCGCAUCAGGCAGCAGGAUGAAUCCAUCUGCGCUGCCGGCUCAGCGCAGUACACUGGCUGGCUCGACAUUGGCCCUCAUCACCUCUUUUUCUGGUACUUCGAGAGUCGGAAUGAUCCCGCCAACGACCCAUUGACUCUCUGGAUGACGGGUGGGCCGGGCGGCUCGAGUAUGAUCGGUCUGUUUGAGGAGGUCGGUCCGUGUUUGAUUAAUGAACAUGGUAAUGGCACCUACUACAAUCCCUACGGCUGGUCGCAGAAUACGUCGCUGCUCUUUGUGGACCAGCCUGUCGAUGUUGGAUUUUCGUAUACCGAUGAGGGAUAUGAUAUCCCGCAUAACUCGCAGGAAGCUGCAGAGGAUAUGCACAGAUUUCUUCAGCUAUUCAUCACGGAGGUCUUCCCUGACAAACAGAAUGUUCCUUUCCACCUUUCUGGAGAAUCGUUUGCAGGAAAAUAUGUCCCAUAUCUCGGCAGCCAGAUCGUACGCCAGAACAAGCGCUAUCCCAACCAGCCCCAGGUACCACUGCAGUCAUGCCUGGUGGGCAAUGGUUACAUGUCACCGAAAGACUCGGCUUUCGGGUACUGGGAAACGCUGUGCACGACCAACCCGGGUGUUGCCGAGCCCGUCUUCAACAGCACGAGAUGUGAUAUCAUGGCUGCCAACAUGCCUCGGUGCCAGGAGGUUGCCGAGAUUUGUGAGCGCAAUCCCGAUCCCGCAAUAUGCAAUGCUGCAGUUUCUGUCUGCUGGGAUGGCAUUAUCAAGUGGUAUGACGAAGAGUCUUAUGGAGGCGGACGUAAUCGAUUCGAUAUCACGGCGCCUUGUGAAAUCGAUAACAUAUGCUACAUCGAAGCUGCACGCAUAGAGAAGUACCUCAACAGCCCAACCAUCUGGAAAGCGCUGUCUCCGCCUAAACAAAUCAAGAAAUACCUGGUCGAAUCCGAAACCGUUUCUCACGCAUUUGAGACUUCCUCAGACCUGAUGACCUCCGCGUCCAAGUAUGUCGCCUAUUUACUCGAGAAUCAGGUGCACUACAUGGCUUACCAAGGUAACCUCGAUCUUGCCUGUAACACGGCCGGCAAUCUGCGGUGGGCGGAUUCGCUGCGCUGGAAGGGCCAGGUCGAGUUUGCCUCCAAGGCGCUGCGACCGUGGUCCGCGGCCGUUGCGGGAACGGGGAGGAAUGAGACUGUUGGCACAAUGAAGGAGGUCAGCAUAUUUGCCACGGAUGGUGCUGAGAUUCCGUCACGGUUUGCGAUUGUGACUGUUGAUGAUGCGGGUCAUUUCCUUCCUCAAAAUCGGCCUGAUGUCGCACAGGAUAUGAUGGUCCGCUGGAUUACGGGAGGAUCCUUUGCAUGA